GCUUUGGAUUCCGAGCGCCGGGCGCCUGAGGGUACGCGCCGCUCGUGGCCGUGCAGCGCGGCCCCGCGGGCUUACCUGGGCGCGGCUCCACCUGCCAGGCCUGAGGGGCGUGUCCGGGGCGUGCCUUGGGCGUGGCUCUGCCCGCCUGGAGGAGACCCGGCGCGGGCUGGCUGCACCUCAUUCCAGGGAUUCCUCGCGCUCCCGAGCGUGCGCGCGUGUUGGAGAACCCAGAGAGGGAGAGCGAGGGAGCGCGUUCCCGAGUCUGCGCGCCCCUGAGCGUGCCCCGCCUCCGUCCUUUGCGCCCCCCGGCGGGGCCCGGCCGGCCCGAGGCGCUCAAGCGGCUCACCCAGGAAUGGAGACGCCGUUGGAUGUGUUGUCCAGGGCAGCUUCUCUGGUGCAUGCUGAUGAUGAAAAACGUGAAGCUUCCCUCAGGGGAGAACCCAGGAUGCAGACCCUCCCGGUGGCCUCUGCUCUCAGCAGUCACCGCACAGGCCCUCCUCCCAUCAGCCCCAGCAAGAGGAAAUUCAGCAUGGAGCCCGGGGACAAGGACUUGGACUGUGAAAAUGAUCACGUCUCCAAGAUGAGCCGCAUCUUCAGCCCCCAUUUGAAUAAGACUGUCAAUGGAGACUGCCGCAGAGAUCCCCGGGAACGGAGCCGCAGUCCCAUCGAGCGGGCUGCAGCCCCCGCUGUGAGCUUGCAUGGUGGCCACCUGUACGCAUCCCUCCCCAGCCUCAUGGAGCAGCCUCUUGCCCUGACCAAGAACAGCAGUGACACCGGCAGGUCAGCUGUGGAGCGGCAGCAGAACCGGCCCUCCGUGAUUACCUGCGCAUCCGCGGGCGCCCGCAACUGCAACCUCUCUCACUGUCCCAUCGCACACAGUGGCUGUUCUGCGCCUGGGUCCGCCAGCUACCGGAGACCACCCAGUGCAACUGCCACCUGUGACCCUGUGGUGGAAGAGCACUUCCGUCGGAGCCUGGGCAAGAACUACAAGGAGCCAGAGCCAGCGCCUAACUCAGUGUCCAUCACUGGCUCAGUGGAUGACCACUUUGCCAAAGCACUAGGUGACACAUGGCUUCAGAUCAAAGCGGCCAAGGACAGCGCAUCCAGCAGCCCGGAGUCAGCCUCACGCAGGGGCCAGCCAGCCAGCCCUACCACCCACAUGGUCAGCCAUAGUCACUCCCCCUCUGUGGUCUCCUGAAGGGGGAGCCACCCUUCGACCACACAGGAAUCUGCAUGGUUUGCCUGAGCUUUGAACAGUCAGUGCUUAAAAAAAAAAAAAAAAACAAAGAAAAAAAAAAUCCCGGGGGUGAGGGUGGGGGGUGGGUGGGUGGUUUAUUCGCAAAAACCAUGUGGUCUGGACUUCUGUUCUGCGCCGUUUUUUAUACUUGCUUGGUGUUCACACAAGGGGCCUCAGUGUGGCAACAGAACAGCCUGGAGCACUAAGUCCAGCAGAGCAUCCUUGCUCCCUGCCCUGGUUACCAAAGAAACCUCUGCAGGUCUGCCACCUGGCAGCCAGGACUCUGCGGCCCUUUCUCAGUCACAAGCCAUGACGAUAUGGGGAUCCGGACACUUUGUGCUCUUAGCUUCUGAGGCCGGUGUAUGCACAGCUUGGCUUCCACCUGGGGUCCGGCUCUGUCUGCAUUUGCAUGUGUCUGCCUGAAGAGAACGGACCUGAUUUGCACUAUGGAGGGCAGAGCUGCCUGCUGGGCAGCUGUCUGAGAUGCCAGUACUGAGGGCAAACUGCUAGGGAACACUUCUGACCAUGUGUGCUUGCAUUGUUGCUGAACUUAGAGGGUCUCUAGCAGGUUCUAGGUCUUUCUCUAGGCUUGAGGUGCUCACAGCUGGACUGCAGACUCCCCCUGACCAUGGGCAUUUCCCUUCUCUGAGCACUGCAGCCUGUGAGGCCGGGGCCAAGGCUGGAGGACUCCGUAGUGCUUCUGACAUGGUGCAUGUCUCAGAAAAAAAAAAAAAAAAAAUAGCUGGUUUCUAUUGACUAAGCCCAGACUGUAGCACCGAGUGGCUUCUUGUUGGCAUUAGCCUGCUUCAUCAGUUUCAGCCCUAGAUACAUCCACUGCUGGUACAGCUGUGCUUCUGAGAUGAGUCAACGCUCACUUUACUCCAAAGAGGAGUGCACAGCCAGUGGGUGUGGUAGGCUGGGGAAGCCCAUUGCUGCUGAUUUUCUGCAUCCUGGGCUGGGGACUUGGAGUUCAUGUCUUUAGGCUCCUUGAUACACAGACUGCUCCUUUCCAACUCCUGGCCAAACAUCAGGUGCCUGACAGCCUGCAGCGUGGGGCUGCAUGCGCGUCCUCCUAUGCUGGGGCCAAGGCUGUACACAUUCCUCUGACUAUACAGUUAUUCCCGCACCACUAUUAAUAGCUACUAACUAGACAUUAGGAGCCAGCAGGACAGACAUGGCUGGGGAUGCCCGACAGCUGCUGUUCCUCCCAGCCUUGAGUAUUUCUGUCCCCUGGCCUGGCCCACCUGAGGGCAUCACCUGGCUAGGAGCUCCUCCCCCACAAGGCAUUAUGGACUCCUGCACAGGGAAUCAUGGGGCUGACUUUCAGUAGGAGGAAACAGGUUAGCUGUUGAACUUGGGAAACAUGCACGGGUGGAAAGGUGGAGACUGAUCCCUGUAGUCACAGGGUGGUUACUGGCCUUUACAGACAUGGACAGCCCUCCUCCUGCCUGGCACAAGGUUCACCCACUCUCCUGGGCUUCCAAGCUUGGCAUUCAGGCCCCUAUAUUUUCUGUAGG